AUGACAUCCACGCAGCUGCCGCCGCUCAACUUCGGAGGUGGGCUUCGCAUCUCACUUUUUGCACCGUCAGUACUCGGACCUUCGGACGACGUUGAGGCACCAAAGGCAGAGCAAGAGCGGCCGGAAAGAAAAUCCCCCGAGAUCAUUUCGCCGGAAACCAAAAAACCGGAAAGCAUACACGAGUUGGAGCAGCCCACUAUCGUCGAGCCAAUCGAGCACAUCGAGCCCAUACAACAACCUCCGCCUCCCCAGAAUAUACCUAUCCACCCAAUUCCGGCUCUCCAAGCUGCAUUCUCCGAGUCGCUGGAUGAGGCAACCAACGGAGCGCCCGGAGACAAGCUGAAGCUCAGAGAGUUGGACGCUCAAGGUCGCCGAGAAGCCCUCAUCGCACAAGAUCGAGACGACGAGCCCUUCGACGCAAAAUGGCGGUUUCGACCUGGACAGACACAGCACGAAUUGACCAAGCUGAUUUCUCAAAUAUCAUUUGGCGUGUACCUUUUGCUCAACGGCAUGGCCAACAGCAACGCUCAAGUUGUCAAUAUUCUACAGGGACAUAUUGACGAAGUAGACGAAUUUUUGGAGGUUGCACUUGAAGAUGUGGCACAGGCAACCGACGACCUGAACGGCCGGAUAGAGCAUUUAAAAUUACCUCUGGCCAACAUACAGGUGUUUGAGCAGCUGCUAGAAGACCGUAACUUUCGUCUUGAGAUUCUGCAGGGCAAUGAAAAGAUUGAUCACGUACUCACUAGGACCAACGCAGCAUUGAAACAGUGGGAUGAGGACAUCGAGGCUGGACUACAAUCAACCGCUGCAUUCACUAGUUGGCUGAACGAUGAGGAAGACGCAGCGUGGAGGACGACACGCCCUGAUGUUGCCGACAUAUUUGACGCCAUGAAGGGCAAUACAGAGGGCUGGCUCAGUGCCUUUGAUGACAUGAAUGACCGUGUUCAGGACGCCAGCAAUGUUAUUGUGAGACUGUCAACUAUCAUUAACGAGAUGGAGAAGAAGGCUGGCGAGGUCAGUCGUAGGACCUGGGCAAACAUCCAACCCUUUUCGAUUCCGCUUUUGAACCCCAACGGGGUCAACGAGGCUUCAGCUACCUCCGGCAACUCAUCUCGACAAUCUCAAUACCGACCACCGCACCAACCCCAACCAAGCGUCCACAGUGCUGCGGCUUCAACGACGAGAAGCGUGAGCACUGCCGGUAUUGAUGCCGAAGAUGAGUUCCCGCUCCCUGGCGGGCUGCCUCUGUUGCCUCCUCAACGCUCUGAUCUUCGACAGACGUCGGCCAGCCCGCAGAAAUCCCGUAGCAAAGCUCCUACGCAGCCGGACUCGCAGCCAAGAGCCGAAACCAAACAACCGGAUACGGCGAGUAGAAGUCCUUCAACUAGCGAGGAGCCAUUGUAUGUGCUCCAGCCUCGCACAUACACCCCCCAGCCGCUAUCGCCGUCCCCGUCUCCUGUCUCAAAGGCACCUGCAGCUGCUUCACCAAAAUCCCAAAAAUCGAGCCAGCCCCAAAGCAAUCCCCUUGGCAUCAGUAGCUCGGGGAUGCAACCGGGGAGAGCCUCUAUCCGCCAUCGGGUAUCCCAAAGGACAAAUCCACCAGAGGCGAUACAGAUUCCACCGCGGUCUGUUCGUGGACCAUCACCUGCUUUCGCAACACCCCGAACGACCCAUUCAAACCCUUUUGAUUCAGCAUAUGGAUCCGACUCUGAAUCUAUCACUCAGCCUGCCGCCUCGCAAGUCGGCUCUGAAUUAGGAAGAUCGCCUCCUACUCGUCCGGGAAUCGCACACUCUCCUCGGUCAGACCACCAACAGUAUUAUCGACCCGUUCGAGCGUCACCACAUUCACCACUGCAACAACGCCCUCACACCGCCGUGGGGGCUCGAGCAUCCUCCCAAAUGCAUAUGCGGAAUCAACCUUCGGCCCUUGGUGGCAUGAGUACCCUCAGCAAUGUGACCAAUGCAGUGUACGACGACGACGCCAAGACUCAAGCCUCAGGGGCAAGGACUACUGGCCCGACUCUUCGAAAGAAGAAGAGCGCGUUCGGGUGGUUCAAGAAAGCAUUCAGCCUGGACGAGGAAGAAAAGGCGGCAUUUGAAGCCCGGAAGGCAAUGCAACAUCGUGAUCGCUAUUACGAUCCCAACAGCCCCAAAUUUCUCGACGGGCGGAGAAUCCGAUAG